GCGCCGAGGGCCUGGGCUGCCAUCUGUCGGCGCGUGGAUCGAAGGUGGCGGGGCUUUCGUCGUUGAGGAGCAAACAUCUCCUUGCCCCACGUUUCUGACCUUACGGGAUCAUAUCGUCCGGAUGUCACGGUAACUGGUCAUUGCGUUCAAGAUUUCCUCACCAGCCAUCGGGAUGUGGAUUAUGCUGUUGGGACUCGCCUCUGGAUUACUGGUCUCCUUGGGAUCAGAAGAUACCACAGUGCGCUCACGGAGCUGCAGCUAUGUUGGAGUGUUUCACGUGGAGGGGAGAGAUCGCUAUAAUCUGACAUUUGAGAAGGCCGGUAUAUUGUGUGAGCAUUUAUCCUCUUCAUUAGCCAAUCUGGAGCAGGUGGAAAAAGCCUACAGUAAAGGACUACAGACAUGCAGGUAUGGAUGGAUAAACAACACAGAUGUGGUGGUGAUAGUCCGUCAGAAGCCAAAUAAAAUCUGUGCUGGCAACCAAACUGGCAUCAUCAAGAAAACUCCAGAUAGAAAAAGAUUUGAUGCCUACUGUUUUGAUGCUAAAGAUACGUCAGAGAAGAACUGCGCAGCUCAGAUCGAGAGUUUGAACAAAACAGAUGGUGACUCAGCAUCUACAGAAGUCACAACACAGCGACCAAAUGCUGGAGGGGAAGAUUCUGAAAAUUCAACAUCUGAAGUCACAUCUGUGUCUGAGUCCUCUACUCCAGUUCGCUGGACGCAGACCAGUCCCACACAGAGCACCGUGGAACAGAACCACACUGAUCAGACAGAUGAUCAGACAAACCGUUAUACUCAUAUAGAGUCGACAACUUCACAUCCAAAUCCAGACACCACAGGGCUGGGAGUGUUUGAAUCAUCAGCAAAUACAGCAGGUGACGUUUCAGUUUAAAGUCAUUAUAGGAAUUUUUAGCCAUAUCUGAUAGUUCAUUCUUUACUAAAUGUAUACUGUUCUCUAUCUGGAUUGUUUGUGAUUAUUACUGAAAAUGACUUCUGACCUCUUACUUGAACUGUUAUGUCUCUGUGCUUCUGUCUAGUUGUCACUCCAGAACAAGCCAUCGCAAACAACAGGUCUAUAGACUGGCUGAUCAUUUUACUGGUCAUUUUGGCAGUUUUUUUCAUUCUGCUUGUCUGUGUUAUUGCAGCCAACAGAAAAAGAUGGUGUGGCAAGAAACAGACUCUGAUUAUUACAAAAGAGAGCAGAAGUGAAGAAAAUGCUGCAGCAGCUUCAUUGACUAAGGAGCAGGAGAUGGUCAAACUCGUGAACACUGAGAAGAUCAGAGAGGACUCAGAGCUGGUGAGCGUCAGUCCAGAGAAGUGAACAGAGAUAACCCAGAUGGCAUAAGGAGAACACAAGCAGUUUUACACUAACAACAAAUACAGAUGCACUAAUUAAAGCUGAAUUAAUGCACAGAUAAUCUUUAGAUAAUGUAAGAUUUAUGUAGAACUAAGCCAUACAUUAACAAUUACAUCAGCAUCUGAUAUAGUGUGUGAUUAAUAGAUUAAGAAAUAAUUAAUUAAAGAAUUAAUUAAAUGUGUCAUGUAUUAAUUCAA